UGGUGUCAAGCAAAAUGUAGUUGGAAUGAGAAAUGAAAAUGUAUUGUUUGGUCAGAUGAAUCGAGAUUUGCUUUAUUUAGAUCUGAUGGACGUAUCCAUAAUGUUUUGGGGAUGUUUUAGUUGGGAUGGUGUUGGACCGUUAGUAGUAGUUAAUGAAAAGAUGGAUCAAGAUAUAUAUGUUAAUGUUCUUGCAAAUAAUUUAAUACCAUGGAUACGCAAUAAUUCAAAUUUAGCAUUUCAGCAAGAUUUGGCUCCAUAUUAUCUUGAUUGUCAAGUUCAAAAAAGAAAACCUUUGCCCAGUUCAAAAAAUAAAUUAAUUAAGGCCAUACAAGAAGAAUGGGCAAAGAUACCUUUAGAGGUCUUACGCAAUCUAAUUUUAAGCAUGCCUGACCAAGUCAAAGCUAUCUAUAAAGCUAAAG